GCUCACAUCGCCUCGUGCUUCGACCGUUCCCCUUCCGUUUCUCCGUGUCGUGCAGUUGGUUAGUGAGAUGGGCUUGUUUGUUUAUGUUCGGUUGAAUUCCGGCGGUCGGCAUCUUUCUCGCGAUUCGUUGAUGGUCAUCUAAUAAGAGCCAAAGAAGCGUCGGAGCGGAAGAUCUGAAUCUUUCAUCUUGUCCCUGUUAUUAACAUAGAGAAUUCCAGGAUGGUUAAUUUUGGGAAAAAGUUGAUGGCAGAUCAAAUUCAGGAGUGGAAACGGUACUAUAUUAACUACAAGUUAAUGAAGAAAAGACUGAAGCAAUUUGUUCAGCAAACUCAAGCAGGCAGGGAAGAUCGUCGCCAAGUUAUCAAAGAGUUCUCCAAGAUGCUAGAUGACCAGAUUGAGAAGAUUGUCCUUUUUGUUUUGGAACAACAAGGGCUUCUUGCAAGCAGGAUUCAGGAACUAGGAGAGCAGCACAAAGUUCUUUUAGAGAAGCCAGAUAUAUCCCAAAUAUUUGAACUUCAAGAAGCUUAUAGAACAACCGGAUAUGAUCUUCUUAAACUUCUUAGGUUUGUGGACAUGAAUGCUACUGGUCUUCGUAAAAUAUUGAAGAAGUUCGAUAAACGAUUUCAUUCUAGAUUCACAGACUACUAUGUUUCUAGUCGAGCGAGUCACCCCUAUUCUCAGCUGCAGCAGGUCUUUAAGCAUGUGGGUAUAGGUGCUGUUGUGGGUGCUCUGUCUCGUCACCUUGCAGAUCUUCAAGAUCACCAAGGGAGCUACUCGUCCAUUUAUGAUCAGCCAUCUAGAGUUUUAAAGGACCCUGUUAUAGAUCAAAUAAAUGCAUCAGUGGACAAACUAACUCAUUCAACAAAUUUUCUUCAAUUCUUAGGACAGCAUGCACUUAUUCUUCAAGAAGACAUACCUACUACAGCAGAGGAUCAUGCCGAUGACCACAAAUACCAUUUUAUAUCUCUAAUUUUAAAUCUAACAAAUACGUUUCUCUACAUGGUCAACACAUAUAUCAUUGUCCCAACCGCUGACGACUAUGCACUGAGCCUAGGAGCUGCAGCAACUGUAUGUGGUGUGAUUAUUGGCUCAAUGGCUGUUGCACAAGUGUUCUCCUCAGUCUACUUCAGUGCAUGGUCAAAUAAGUCAUACUUCAGGCCUCUAGUGUUUAGCAGCAUUAUGCUUUUCCUGGGAAAUAUACUGUAUGCAUUGGCUUAUGACUUUAAAUCAAUAGUGAUUCUUCUUAUUGGUCGUCUUUUAUGCGGGUUAGGUUCAGCAAGAGCUGUAAAUCGUCGUUACAUAAGCGAUUGUGUACCUCUUAAAAUACGCAUGCAAGCUUCUGCAGGUUUUGUAAGUGCCAGUGCUCUUGGAAUGGCUUGUGGUCCUGCUCUGGCUGGGUUGCUUCAAACAAAUUUCAAGAUCUACACACUCACAUUCAACCAAAACACAUUACCAGGGUGGCUUAUGGCUCUUGCUUGGCUUAUUUAUCUUCUUUUUUUGUGGAUUUCAUUCCGGGAGCCAGUUCAUGAAGCUGAAGAGAACCAUAUUCCAGCAAGUGCACAUGCUGAACAUGUGGAGACUGAGAACCUGGAAGAUGGCCUUGUUCAGCCUCUUCUCUUGAGCUCAAAAGAUAAGCUAGAUGAAGAUGAAGACCAAGAUUUUGAAGAUAGCGAAGAAUCAUCUGAAGAUUCCCACAAGCCUGUAACAUCAAUUGCUUCAGCCUAUAGAUUGCUUACACCAUCAGUGAAGGUCCAGUUGUUAAUCUAUUUCAUGCUUAAAUAUGCGAUGGAGAUAUUACUUUCAGAAUCAAGUGUCAUCACUGCAAUAUACUUUAGUUGGUCUACAAGCAAAGUAGCAAUCUUUCUAGCAGUCCUUGGACUGACAGUUCUUCCAGUAAAUGCUGUUGUCGGAAGCUACAUUUCCAAUAUGUUUGAGGACAGGCAAAUUCUCUUGGCAUCUGAACUCAUGGUAUUGGUUGGUAUAAUGCUCAGCUUCCACUUCACCAAUUUAUACUCUGUGCCACAAUAUGUCAGCUCAGCGCUCAUCGUAUUUGUAUCUGCUGAAGUACUCGAAGGGGUUAACUUAUCACUUCUAUCUCGCGUGAUGUCAUCGCGGCUCGCCCGUGGCACGUAUAAUGGUGGCUUGCUGUCAACGGAAGCUGGAACUUUGGCCCGGGUUUUUGCGGAUGGCACGAUAACGAUAGCAGGCUAUUUGGGUGACGACCAACUCCUCAAUGCCACCCUAUUCCCUUCUCUUCUCAUUUGUCUGGCCUCUAUCGUUGCCACCUUUCUUACUUACAGUACUCUAUAUUAAUCGAUCACUGUCUUAAUCUGUAAAUCUUUUUUCCUCCUACUGUAUCAAUUGUAGAGUAGAUAAAGCUUGACUACAAAUUAAUUGAAAUCCAAUUAGAUUCA